GGACAUUUACCAUUACCCGUUGCUUACUUUACUUUUUACUUCCAUUUCCGCGCGCGCAAAGUGCCCAAGUUCGCCUCAUCGUUGUUGGGCAAAACAAUGGACGCUGGUAACCCCCCUCCUGCCGAUGCUGUCCAGCGGGCAACAACCGAAGGUCGCAAGGAAGGACUUUUUGCGGGUCUGACUUCGGCGUUAGCUUCAGGUCUCAUCGGUGCCAAGUUCAUGGGCCUCAACCGGAAUAAAACAAUCAUCACCAUCGUCCUUUUUUUUUUCGCAGUAACGGGUGGCUUGUCCGGGUAUUAUUUCACGGAGGCAUUCACCCAAACAGCCCUUAAGCAACUCCAAGUUGAGUGGGAGAAGCGUCAAAAGGAACCAUCGCAUGAUCGUCCCGGCGAGGAACGACCCACAUAACCGGUGGAAACCGUGCCUCAAAAUCCAUUUUGUCGUGGAAACCAAGGUGAAAAAAGGGCAAAUAUGUAUGACGCGGACCCUGUAUG